GUGCAGUACAAAUAUAAAACCAACAGGACACGUCCCAUCGCUGCGCAAGAAGCCAGUCAUGAUGUGUGACAACGUCGUAGGGGCCCGAAGCUCCGGCAAUAUCCCACAUUCUUCUUGUGGAGAUAUAAGGCAGCCUACUGAAACCGUGAAAAAGGGGCAUGAAACGACGAAACAGCCACAGGUUGAACGUUGUUGCCAGCAUGGAGGCGAGUCGACACGCGUCCCUGCCGUCGAUGCCGCGGAGGCAAGGAGGAGGACGGGGUAUGACGGGUGCGCUGAAUACGAUGCGACAGGUGCAAGAUGAGUAUGCAUCGGCUGGCGACUCGAGCACCUUCCCUUCACCACAACGUCGGUCGAGGGCAGCCAUGCCCCGCCUACCGCCGACAUCACGAGUCGACGGGACGAAACCACCUAAGAGAGGGCAAAAGAAAUCGGUGGAUUCCAACACGGUGUCACAUAUCCCGCCGCUGGAAUCCGUGCUCACCAGCGACACCAGCGGGACCUUCGAAGUCACGGCGACGGACGACGUGGUCACGGUGACAGGGUGCUUCUCCGACGACGACCUGGCAACCCCCAUUCCCAUGUCGUUUCAACUGCCGAAAGCGCAGGUGAUGGCGGAUCAUGCCCUACCACUGCUGUUCCCCGUGGAUGAAAUGCUCGCCGCCCAGACAGCGGCGGUCCAUGCACUGGUCCAUCCACCAGAGGUCGACGUGUCGACCAGUGUCGUGCGAAGUAGCGGCGGUCCGAUGUUCAAUAUCGUCGUGAAGGGCACCGUCAAGGAAUUGGUCGCCGAGGCCAAUAAAUUGUCUUGGGACGCCGCCAAAGAAUGCAAGCGACAGUUCAUGCACGACCGACUCUACUACGAGCGCAAGAAAGAUCGGAUCGCGCCAGACUACGACCGCCUCUUCAAGCAUUACGCGCCGAUGGUGGCAUCCGUGGUGGCGGCGCUGCGGCAGUCGCUCCCGGCCACACAUACCCCUCGCAUGUUUGUCGCUCGAACGCUGGCCUUCGUCCAGUGUCUGCCGUACGAACGGGCUGAAGGCGGAUUCCGACGACCGUUUGCAGUCCUCACAGACUUGCGCGGCAACUGCGGCAGCAAGACCACGCUGUUCUUGGCCCUGCUCCACCACGCGUACCCGACGCUGGACAAGUGCGUGUGCCUGAUUCCGCAGCAUGUCUUCGCCGGCGUCAAGUUGGAAAAGGUGGAGGGAGACAUCAUGGUGGGAGAUGAGAACCAAUUCGUCGCCGUCGAGCCAGUGGGUCCAGGGCGCCUACCUGUGGGCCAGCUGCGACCUACCAGCACCCCAAGUCUGCUACGUUGAUGAUGAGCACCUUUUGGCGAUACCAGUAAAGCACUAUUUAAUUUAUUAUUCUACUGACAA